AUCGCCAGAUCCAUCACACCCGACCAUCGCUUCAUCGUGCAGUCCGACCAGCGCGCCUGAUGAGCUCUUUCGCAUCGACCAUGCAGAUAUACGCCAUCUGCUGAUCGUUAUCAUUGUAUUCAAUUCGUCGUGACACGACCAACUGGUGGUUCUCGCGCUUGGUGUGCAGUAGAGGGUCGCAAGUUGCAGGCUGCCCGACUUGCCGCACACACUCCUAGGCUUCGUCUGACGAUUAGCUUGCAUCUUGAACCUCUGAAUCUUCGUCAUCAUUGCAAUCGUCUGGCCCGACCACUAGUAAAGGCUGGACAUUCUACUCUUCAGAGGGUACGUGAUUGAUAGCGAGCUGGUGAAGCGAAGCAGCGCGACAGCACGUGAGGAAAGAGCGUCCUAGCAGAGAGUAACUUCCAAUAUUUCCUCGUAACUGCCUUCUCAUACGGCAACUGCACCCUCUUGUCAGGCCCCGCUCCCAACCUGACCGUCCACUGCCUGCGGCGGGCUGUCGCUCCCUUUUACCAAAGCACAAGAUUUAUUUACUCUUCGACAACACCAUCUCCCUCCAGGACGUAUUAGGACUGUGGCCUCCGCGAAACCUCGAAACACUGCUACCUUGCUACCAACUUCACGUCUCGUGCGAAACAGUAGCGCAAGUACCCACGUCGCUGUAGCCGCGAGCGCUCUCGUUCGCGCCGGAGUCUACUCUACACUCUCGUAUAUCGUAACGAACAACCGUCGCGAAUAAGGAUCCGUCAUGGCAUCUCCUGUUGCUGAACUCGAGGCUGGCCUGCAGGCCAUGUCUCACCUUAAGCCUCCUGGUGUAUCUGGGUCUCGCAUUUCCUCUAUAACAGCGCUCUGCGUUGCCAGCGUUCAGUCCGAAUCUGUCUUGAUCCAAAAGAUUUACACACACUUCAAGAAGACAGCAGGCGACCACAAACUUGGAGUGCUAUACGUUGUAGACUCGGUAACGCGCAAGUGGUUGGAACGAGCGAAAUCCUCCGGCCAGGACGUAGAUGGCUCCGCUACUGACGGAACCUUUGCUGCUGGCGUUCACCGCGUGACGGAGCUAAUGCCCGUGUUGAUGAAUGAUAUUGUCCAGUCUGCACCAGAAAAUCACAAGGAGAAGAUUUCGAAGCUUCUGGAUAUCUGGGAAAAGGGCCAGACCUUUCCCCAGUCCAUGAUUGACUCGUUCAGAACCAAGCUGGCCACUCCACCCGUCGCUGCGUUUGGUACGUAG